GUGUACUGCGUGGCUGCCUGGACCGCAGGCGCCUCCGGCCGAGCAAACAGUCUGCGCUCGGCUCUCGGCGCUCUGAUCUCGGAGCUUCCUCGCUUGCUCUCGUUCUCUAUCUCUAUCUCUCUGUCUAUCUAUCUGUAUCUAUUCACUGAGUGUUGCUCCGUGAAAUUCGUAUAUAUUCUUACGAAAUUUUUUUUUAUCUUCAUACGUACACAUCUCUCUUUCUCUCCUUUUCUCUAUUUCUAUCUAUUUCUCUCUCUCUCUCCCUCUUUCUCUCUCUUCCUUUUUUUCUCUUUUGAUUACUGACUUUUUCUGUCUCUCUCUUUCUCUAUCCGUCUAUUUGCCCGUCUCUCUCUCUCUCUCUUUUUCUUUCUCUCUAAUUAUCCCUCAUCAAAUUAAAAUAUUUGAUCGCAAGAUUUUUCAUUCUCCAAAUGGAAGAUAAAAGUUUUGCUAAUUAUCCUUGGGAUAGUCCUUGGAAGGGAAGAUGAGAUCGGCCUAAUCGUCGCUAUGACGUCCGUUCAAGAAGAUCGUUCAAUUUAUGAAACAAUAAUUACAUCGACUACGAUAACAAUAACAGCAGCAGCAGUAUCAGCAUCAGCAAUAACGAGAACAACGACGAUACAAAUAACAGCAGCGGUUGUAGCAGCAACAGUAGCAGCAGCAACAGCAGCAAUAGCAACAGCAGCGACAACGGCUACAGUAGCAACAGCAACAGGAGGAAAAAUAUCAAGAGAUUCAAAGAUCGCGAUAGAAGAAAACGUGCUACGGAGAUACUAUUCGUAGCAUGGAGUGGCGAGCUUUUUAUCGGACUAGCUUCGACUCGCCUAUGGAAUCUCGAACGAUGAUCAUCACCGACGAGUUAGUACGACGCGUCCAUCUGACGAGUACGAAGAGAUAGGAAAAACGUUUCCUUCGUCGUUGCCCGUUUAUCUCUUCUCUCGGUCUCUCUCGUUGGCAACCGCUUGUGUCGUUUUUAUUAAGAGUAAUCCGCCUACAUAUGUAUAUAACUACAUAUAUAUUUAUACAUAUGUAUAUGUAUGCAUACCGUGUUUGAAAAGGACAUACAAUGAUGCAGCACGGAUCGUACAAGAGUGAUACCAAUACGUUCUAACCUCGCGUUGAUUCUUUACGCGCUCGGUGGUAGUUACGAAGCGAGUUGUACGACACGCAGUGUUUGUGGUAAAAAAAAAAAAAAAAAAAAAGAGGGAGAGAGAGAGAAAAAAAGAAAAAGAAAGGAAUAGAAAAAAAAGAGAAGGAGAAGAAGAAAGGAACUAUGAGACAUUGGUAAGGGAGAGAGAUAGAGAUAGAGGGAUAGAGAGAAAGAGAGAGGAGAACAAGAGGAAGCUACCACGAACGAAGGGAGGUGAAAAGGUGGGAGAGAAGAAGGAACAGGGGUGAGAGAGAGAGAGAGAGAGAGAGAGAGAGAGACAGAUAGAAAGAGAAAAGCUGUGGAGAGAGUAAUGAUCGUGACGACGGUCUUGCAGACAAAUGAACACCUCCGCACAGCGUUUGGAAUAUCCCAAUAGAUACAUCGGUAGUGCAUUACAGGGUCAGUACCUUCGUAAUCCAUUGAGAUGUGAGGAAUGAUCACGUGGGUGAUGGUCGGGCUGCUCCUGGCUGCGGAAACUUGCGGCAGAAACGUCCAAUCUGGAAACGGGAAAGAAGAGACGAAACAGAAGAACGGCCUGAAGGGAAUAGCCACGGAUGAGGAAGACAUCUAUCGUCUAACGUGCUACACUUGCGUCAACGUCAGCGACAACCAGAUGUGCAACGAAUGGGCGAUAGAUACACCAUGUCCGGCGGGCGGCCGUGACUUCUGCCGAUCCCUGCACAUUUUGGAUAGUCGAGGGAACAGCGUCUUGGUGAGCAAAAGCUGUGCAAGUAGCGCGGAAUGCGGCCCAUCCUCCGUCGGUUGUAUUCCGGUAGACACGCAGCAGAUCUGCAUAAGUUGCUGCGAUCUGAGUUACUGCAACAUCGAAUCACCGACAAACUCGACGAAUGCGAUCUAUUCUCGCAAACGACGGGCCAAAUCGAAAUCGAAACGCAAACGACCUGGUAGAAACGGAGUCGAAGGUACAGACUCCAAGUUCUACGGGUCCGGAGUGUUCUGGCUCUUAGCCUCGAUCUUCUAUGCAUAUCAUUGCUGAGAAAGGAGAGAAAACAUCGCCGCAACCAACUACGAAUUGUCAAAGUCUCUAUUUGAUUAUCCUUCGGAGGAAGAUUAUUAACGCGUACACGUGGAUAUCUUUUUUCUUCGAAAACCAAAAAAGAAAAAAAAAAAAGAAAAAAAACACAAACAAAAGAAAAAAAAAAUAAUAAAAAUUUCAUCGUCAUCGUCAUCGUCCUUUACCUCGAUUUUUCGCGCGGAUCAUCGUGAAAUCUUUUUCGCGUCACAAAUAUUCCGAGGGACAUUUUUGUCCGGUAAAGAAAAACAGAAAAUAAAGAAACGAAGAGAGAAAAGGGAAAAAAGAAAAUCAACAAAAAAAAAGAAAUAAAUAAAUAAAUAAACAAAUAAACAAAUAAAGGUAGAAAGAAGAAAAUAACGAGACACGCACACAUACACGCAAACUCCUCGUGUACGUAAACAUAUCCCAAACACGAUUUUUUCGUGCGCGACGGUCCAUCGCGAGCGCGACCUUGAGCUCGCUCGAUGUGUUCACAUCAUCCCCGAAUAUUAUAUUAUAUAUAUAUAUAUAUUAAUAUAUUAUAUUAUGUAUAUACGUAUCCUAAAAGCUCCUAAACGAUUCUCUACGAUCACGAUAUAUCUCACAUACUUCGAUAUAUAUCGAACGGUCCAAUUUUUCUGUGCUUCGUCUUUUUCCCUCUUUUUUCAGGAAAACACGUAUAUAUACACGCAUACAAAGAGACAUACAUGUUAUUCCCAACGAAAAACUUCUUUUCUCGAGCGAAUGAAGAAUGUCGAUUUUUUCGCGUGGAAAUUAUGCGAACGACGAUCUAUCUAUGCUCCACCGAUAAUCGAAUAUGUAUACAAUAAAGAAGCCUGCUCCGGCUAUCCUUAGUUUUCUACUUUGUCCGUGAAAAGAAUGUGAAAAAGAAAAAAAAAAGAGGAAGAGAGAGAGAGAGAGAGAGAGAGAGAGAGAGAGAGAGAGAGAGGGAGAGGAAGAUGCUGAUAAAAAAAGAAAAUAAAAAAAAGUGGGGGAAGAAAGUUCAUGGAAUGCGCGAAGGAACAAAAAUUUCUGAAUAUUUCGCGAAAUUAUCCAAAAUAAAAAAAAAAAAAAAGGAAAGAAAACUUCGUAACUCGUUUAGAAUUAAUCUAAACUUAAUUAAAGAUAUAUAUAUAUAUAUAUGUAUAUAUACAUGUAUAUAUAUAUAUAUGCAUAUAUAUAUCAUGUAAGAAGAUUAUCACGAUUACGAUCUCGAGAGGAUCUACCGUGUCGUGAAAAACGUAGUUAAAAAUUAAAUAUUCGGCACCGAAAUGUCGUGUGUCAUGGUGAUGAAAAAAGGAAUUGUUUCAUUCUCAUAGUGUCGUAGUUGUCAUGCCUUGUUAGAAGGAGGUAAGAUAUAGUUAACGAAAGAGAAAGACGGAAAGAGAAAAAGAAAAAAAGAAUAUACACAAUGCCAACAAAAUAUAUCUACAAUUAAAACAAAACGUAAGGAGAAGAGACAGAGAAAAAUCACAACAUUAAAACGCUCAAGUAUACUAGACUCUUUACACGCAUAUACACGAACACACAUACAUAUAUAUAUAUAUAUAUAUGCAGAGAUAAAAUAAUAGAAACGAUUAAAAAAUUAAAAGGAUCUUCUUCUCGAUAGCUCCAAUCUCGACGAAAGAAAAAAAUAAAAAAAUAAAAAAAUAAAAAAAGAAAAAAAAAAGAAAAAAGAAAAUCGACGAAAAAGAAGAAAAAGGAGAAAGGAGAGAAAAAGGGAGAGAAGAAUCAGAACGUUAAUUUUCGUGAGCGCAACAAAAAAAAUACGUUCCUUUCUUGUCGCAAGAACCAUUAAGUGCUGAUUAUCUCGUCCGUUCUCUUGCAAAUGAUAAAAUUAAAAUUCACGGUAGCACGUGGAGAAUGGAAAGUUUUCUACCUACCUAUCUCCCUCUCUUUCUCUCUCACAACCUUCCUUCCUUCCUCCUCCUCCCCCUCCUCCUCCUCCUCCUCUCGUCCCACCAUCCCGCUUUGCCAGUCUCGCUAGUCUCAACUCUCAUCCCCCUCAGCACUCAGGCAAUUUCUUUUUUCUCCUAGCUCGAAAAGAUUAUCCUCUAACCCGUUUAAUCUGUCCCACCCCGAAAAGGCCAUGUACCUUUUCCUUUUCUUUCCUUCCAUCCUCGUAUGAAGGGAAAAUGCAAAAAUGGAAUGUGUUCCAUGUGUCCCUACUGACUCGUUUGAGUUUUCGCUAGCUGCCAGAGGUAUAUAUGUAUGUAUGAGGAUCGAUCGUUAUCCUCCAGGCGACCGUUCAAUUUUCCCGCGGUCUCUCACGGUACGUCCUGGAAAUCGAGGUUAAUCGUUGAGAUAAGGCAGAAAUCUUCCUUUUCGUUACGGACCAACACGUAUACGCCUCGACAUACGCAAUUACUAUUGCUACUGCUGUUGCUACUACUGGUACUGGUACUGGUACUGGUAUUAGUGCUAGUGCUAGUGCUGAUGCUAGUACUGGUACUGGUACUGGUACUGUUGCUCUACUUCUAUUCUUUAACGCGACCAUAUGAACAACGCAAAGCUCAAGGGACACGAGAAAUUUCCUUAAAUUCUAAGUAAAUAAGAGAGAAAAGGAGAGAGAGAGAGAAAGAGGGAAAGAGAAAGACAGAGAUUUAACGUGUUUACUAUAUAAUGCAAUAAUCGAUCGAACGUUGGGCUUCGUUAAUCGAGAUAUACAUACAUACAUACAUACAUAUAUAUAUAUACGUAUAUAUAUAUAUAUAUAUAUAUAUAUAUAUAUAUAUAUAUAUACAU